CAACCACGUCUUCAAACUUAACUUUGACUUAACUUAACUGCGACCCAUCGUAAUUAAUUUUUCACUCAAAUAUUCGAACAUCAUGGGCGCUUCCUUAAUUAAUUGAAUUGACUUCUUAAUUUAUAAAUAACUUUCUCUUUCUUAUUUCUUUUUCUUUCUUUCUUUUGAAAAUUAUCAAUUCAGUCACCUUAACUUAACUGUCAUUCAAAUCUAAAUCAAGUCAAAAACUGAGUGAUUUAAGUGAACAUAAAUAGGAAGAAAAGUUGCUUUUUUUCUUUUUGUUAAUGACCGUUGAGUUGAGCGUUGAGACCGUAAUAUUUAAUUCGUCCCAACUGGGAAGGCUUGAACUUUGUGUUAAAAAGGUAUUUAGCAGUUUCCCUCAAAUUUUUCAUAGCCGUUGGACAAAGAAGAAGAUGAGUGGAAUUGAUCUUCGAUUUAGCCACUCCUCUUGUUGCCUGAAGAGGAAAAGACCGCCCAACAUUCAGAUCCCUACCCUGUUGCAGCCGCAGGAGAUUCAUCCCCACAAACUUGAUCAAGACGCCACUCCCCCAACUCAUUCCUUCUCUUCCACUGGGAAUGAUUUUGCAGAUCAUGUGGGGGUUUUCUCCGUCAAGGGCAAGAAGAGGUUCAUGGAAGAUACUCACAAGAUCAUUCCUUGCUUGGGCCACUUAAAUAAUGCCUUUUUUGGCAUUUAUGAUGGCCAUGGAGGUAGGAAGGCAGCGAAAUUUGUUGCAGAUAAUUUGCACAAUAACAUACUUGAAGGGGUGGCCAAUUGCAUGGGAUCUGCAAAUAAGGAGGAUGCUGUUAAAGCUGCUUUCUUGAAAACGGACAAAGACUUCUUGAAUCUGGGAUUAGGCAGUGGUGUCUGCUGUGUCACAGCUCUGAUACAAGGAGAAGAAGUUAUUAUUUCCAAUUUGGGAGAUUGUAGGGCUGUUCUUUCUAGAGGUGGAGUAGCUGAAGCAGUAACUAAAGACCAUAGAGUUGAACAGGAGGAUGAACGUAAAAGAAUAGAAAACAAGGGUGGAUAUGUUGAGAUUCAUAGGGGAGCAUGGAGAGUUCAUGGAGUUCUUUCUGUCUCUAGAAGCAUUGGUGAUGCUCAUUUGAAGGACUGGGUGACGGCAGAGCCUGAUUCAAAGGUCCUGCUUAUUAGUGGAGACUUGGAAUUUCUAGUUCUGGCCACUGAUGGGCUAUGGGAAAAGGUGGAAAACCAAGAGACUAUUGAUGUUGUGACGCAAUCGAGGUUGAUGGAUCAAAGUUUUGGGCUAUCAAAAGGUUCCUUGAGAAGCAUUAAACAUACCUGUUGCUCUGUAAAUCCAAGUCCAUCAAAAGUACGGAAAGUUUCAUUAGUCACGCAACCAAAAGUGGGGGUGGGCCAAUCUUCAAUCUGUGAGAAGCCAACGGAAAGCUGUGAAGAAGGUGAAUUUGACUAUGCUUGCGAAAUUGAAAGUCCUGGAUCGAAAUCAAGGAGAAUAUCAUUGGUCAGACAUAAAAAGAUGAAGAUAGAAUUUUCACCUAAGGAGAAUAAUGAUUGUUGUAGGAAGAUACCAACCUCCAGUAGACUUGUGGCUGCUUGUAAGGAACUUGUAGAUCUAGCUCUGAGUAGGGGUAGUCUGGAUGACAUUUCUGUAAUGGUAAUCGACUUGAAAUACUUUAGGUGCAAGAGUCGAUCUGAGAGUUCUUGUAACUUGUAAGAUUGUUUGAAACUGGCGUUAGCUCUGGAAAAAAAAAAAAGUUAAACUUUCACCAUGGUGUAUUGAUAACUGAAAAGACGUGUACAAAAAGCAGAUUUGAUUAUUUCAUUUUUGGUUUGCAAAGUAAGAACCAGCCGAGUAGAUUCUGAUUCUUCCUACUACGAAUCAAAUGCUGAACUUUUUCUUGAAUUAUUCUCCUCUUUAGGUUCUGUAGACAUUUAUUUUUUUUUAAAAAAAAAUAUAUACAUAUAUUUAUCGGUAUUUUGAAAUUGGUUUGAUGAUGAGGGUGCCAAGUUUGUACUGAUUGACUGUGUUUCUUGAUUGAUAUUGCCAAUAAUUUAAGAAAAAGAGAGACUUCUUCUUUAUUCAGUGUUGGUGCGUUUGAACGUCUAUACCAAUUAACAUUCCAUCCCACCAGCCCCCUUUCAGUAAUGCUCCAUCCUUUUCAUCUCUAUUUUGUUUUACAAUGCGAAAUUAUUUGCUCACAGCAAAUCUAAUACUGAUGCUUCAAAUUUUGAAGAAGAUCAAUGUUUAACCCAGGAUUAAAGCUGUUAUUUUAAGUGAUUAUUGUUGCAGAACUGUGUUGAGUCGAUCAUACUGCACUAAAAUACAGGAUCGGUUUUGAAGCUGAAUAUUGACACAAGUCAAAUGGAGGCGAUGUCGAGGGGAGAACACUAAAUAAUUUAAAGAAUUUUCGUCGAUUAGCCCCAUCCCCAUCUUUCAUUAGCUCUUAUUCAACAUAAUAAUUAUAACCUUGGAGCGGUCACAUACAUUACUCACAAGUCAUUCGGAUGUAGGAAAGUUGAAGAUGACUGAUAUUUUUUUGGUUCUUCUCUAUAUGUUUCAUGUUCAACGGCAGACAAGUGGGGUUAUGGUUUAUUGUUCUCUACUUUCAAGAUUCCUUACCAAGUUGCUCUUCCCAACAGUUCCACUGCAAAGUUCAAAUAGGGGAGGAGAAACCCAGGUGAAAAAUACAAAUCUCGAUCUCAUUAUAUUAUUAGAAUAGCAUCUGCCGCAUAGUAAUCCCAAAUGAUUUUCAAAUUUUAAUGAAGUUCCUUUUUCUUUUUUUCUUUUUUUCUUCCUCACACUCACUCACAUGGUUGUGUGCCUCCAAGACUGCCUAAAAUCUUUCCUCUUCUAUCAAUUCUUUUUCCUCCCUUUUUUGAGGGAUUUUCACAUUAGAUGAAAUGGGGUUUGUCUGCUUUUUACCGUGCAUGAAAAAAGUUAAGUUUUAUGGAGAUGGGAGGCGUUAAUACCCAUUAUUGAGACCAAAUCACUUGUACAGCAGAAGAAAUAGUUUUAUUUCUGUAGUCUCUUUUUUCUUUUCUUUUUUUUCUUCUUUUUUUUUGAAGGAACAUGGAAAUGCUCAACACAGCUUGCAGAAGGUGUUUUCCAUUAUAAAAUGUGUCCAGUUCUUUCUUCCUCGUCCCUCCUUUUUCACAUUCAGAGCUGCCAGUUCAGAUAAUGGGUUCUUUCCUCUUCCUAUGCACAUACUGCCAAGAAGUUGUCUGUCAGCAUCCAUGAAAUAGAUCUCUGGGACAAGGGUAAUGAUAUUCUAGUCCAGAUCCUCUCUCUCUCUCUCUCUCUCUCUCUCUCUCUCUCUCUCUCUCUCUCUCAGCUUCCUCCUUUCUGCUUUCUACUGUCAUCAUUUUCUGUUAGUUUAUCCCAAACUCCAUUUCCAUCUUCUAACACAAUUAGGUUGUAAGCCAUGCACGAUUCAAUUGGAAUUCCUGCUUGUUUCUCAUUUGGGGAGAGGGCAAGUAAUGAUCCAGGUUCAGUAAUCCGAUCAGGCCAAAGUGUGUUUAUGUCAGUGUAUCAAACAAAGAUCGUUGGUCAGUGUCGUCUCAUCACAGUGACUUGGUGUAAGAAUCUGUUACUCCAUGGUCUUUCCAUCUGUGUUCAAGGACCAGAAGGAAACGAGCAAUAUCAAUGUAAGGUUGAGAUGAAGCCAUGGUACUUCUGGAGAAAACAAGGUUCUAAGCAUUUUGAAGUUGAAGGUAGAGCUGUAGAUGUGGUUUGGGACCUCAAGAGUGCUAAAUUCAAUGGAGAGACAGAACCACAGUCAGAUUACUAUGUAGCAGUUGUCUGCGAAGAGGAAGUUGUUUUGCUUAUUGGGGAUCUCAAGAAAGAUGCUUUCAGAAAGACAGGUUGUCGGCCAGCUUUGAUUGAGCCAACUCUUGUUUCAAAGAAAGAACAUGUAUUUGGGAAGAAAAUGUUCUCCACCAGAAUUCAGUUCCAUGAGAAAGGCAAGCUCCACACCAUCUCAAUUGAGUUCAUCAAUGUCAACAAUACAAAUCCCAGUUUAUCUGAUUCAUUCGAUCCAGAACUAGAGAUGAGGAUCGAUGGCCAACCAGCAAUCAAGAUCAAACACCUUCAUUGGAAGUUCAGAGGCAAUGAAUCUAUAUUAAUCAGUAGAACAAGAUUAGAAGUUUACUGGGAUGUUCAUGAUUGGCUGUUUGGUUCUGGUCCAAGGUACGGGCUUUUCAUAUUCAGGCCAAUCUCAUCAUGGUCUGAAUCUCCAUCAUCAUCACUUCCGUCAACAUCACCUACUCCUCCACCAACCUCUUCUUUAACAUCAACUACAGGAAUGUCCAUUAGAGAAGUUAUUUCUACUUCUGGAGAGGUUGAACAUGCUGCUGGAUCAUCCAAAUUUUGCUUAUUUCUCUAUGCUUGGAAGAUUGAAUGAAGAAUGCUGAAUAAUGCAAAUCCAAAGAUACGGUAAAAACAAAACUGGGUUAUCUGCAAGUUUACAAAUUUAGAAUCAAUGAACCAGAUUUAGCUCCCAAUUCCAAUUCCCCAGAAAAAAUCAAAGAAUACAACAGAGAAAAGAGAGAGAGAGAGAGAGAGAGAGAGAAAGAGAAAAUAAAAAAGAAUAUUUUAGAAAAUUGACGAGCAACAAAUGGACCCAUCAAGAGAGAGAAAGAAGAGGUAAGAAUAGAGGAAUUGAAUUAUAAAAGGACAGGAUUAGACAUGCCAGGUAGGAAAUCAUCUUCAUCCCCAAUUAUCAAUCCCUAUCUUCAUUGCCCAUCACCAGUCCAUUAUAAUCUCACAGUCACCGGUUUGGUCUCUCUCUCUCUCUCUCUCUCUCCCUCUUUUAUUUUUUUUAUUUUUAUUUGUAUUUUCUUUAAUUUUGUGUUUGGUUAUAAGCCUAAAUGUAUUAUAAGCUUUCAUUGCAAUGUCUGCGCUACCAUAUGAAUAUAUCUCCAUGAAUUUCAUAAGAUCAUAUUUACAUUCUCUUCUUUGGCC